AUGACUUUUAAUUUGCAACAUACGCAAAGUUACGGGCACAUCGCGCCCAAGACCGACUGGGGGAAGGUGAUCACCAUCUUCUACGCCAUCCCCGGGGUGCCCCUCAUGAUGCUGUGCCUGGCCAACAUCGGAGACGGCAUGGCGCACUCCUUCAGGUUCCUCUACUGGAAGGUCUGCUGCUACGCGUGCACCAAGAAGCCCAAGAAGAAGAGAAGAGCGAGAUCGAUGCGCGGGUCCCGGAGGUACCCGAGCCAGCAGGGGAGCCACAGGGCGCGAGCCUCCUCCUUCAGAAGGUCCAACAGAGCCUCCGAGAAGUCCGCGGAUUCACACCUCAGCGACUCCGCCUUCUACACGUCCUCUUACUCGGACCCCGAUUACAAGAUGUACGACGACAUGGUUGAAGCUGACAUGCGAGGGUUGCAGAGUAAUCGCCCUUCGGGGAGAAGCCAGCAGACGAGAGCGUCGCAAAACUCUAAGGGAUCUGACCUCCUUACUCCGCCGCCCAAGGAGGGAGCGCAGGACGACGGAAGACUCGCAGUGCUGUUCAACAAGUACGCGCUGGAGCAGGAAGGCCUGUCGCCCGAAAAUGACCAGAGAUCUCCGGACCGAGAGGACGCCGCCGAAACGAGGCCGGACCGAGACGGCAAGGCAAGGCGCAGCCGACGCGACGACGCAGAGCUCCCGGUGACGCACCAGCCGCGCAGCCAGCGAGCGCCCCCGCCCGCCGCCGAGGCCCAGGGCUACUUGGACUCCCCCCCGCUGCCCAGGUCGCCCCGCCACUCUGACAGGUACUCUCGCCACAUGCCUCCUCAGCAUGACCCCAGGAGUCGUCUCUCCCGUUUAGAUGAAGAGUACUACUACGACGACGACUACGACGACGAUUACGACGACGAGGAGGAAGACGACAUGGGCGGCGACAAACCGGUGCCCAUCUGGCUCGGAGUGAUGCUGGUCUUCGCCUACAUCCUGGCGGGCGCCUUCCUCUUCGCCGGCUGGGAGGGCUGGGGCUUCCUCGACUCCGUCUACUUCUGCUUCAUCACUCUGACGACGAUAGGUUUCGGAGACUUCGUCCCGGCGCAGGACCUGAAGGUGGACGUCGAGCUGAGUAUCGCUUUGUGCUCCAUCUACCUGCUGUUCGGCAUCGCCCUCUUGGCCAUGAGCUUCAACCUCGUGCAAGAAGAAGUCAUAAGCAAGGUCAAGAACAUGGCCAGAAGACUCGGUAUUCUCAAAGACGAAGGGGAAGAAGACGACGAUGACUAACGGGAUCGAAAGAACGUACCCACGUCCUUAGUCGCAGAAUGCACACUGUAGACUCACUCACGGACACCCCAGAGACACGUUGACGACUAUGUCAUUAGCAUAAUGAAGACCAACAGCGUAAUCGAAUGGGAUUACACUAUUUCCUCUAUAUAUGUUGGCAAAUAAUGCAUAGUUUGUAUGCGGGAUAUAUACUGUAAAAAUAAAGCAGGUUGAUAAAUAAGGUUGUUGCUUAUAAGAAAAUAGUGCAGAUGAAGAGGGGUAUGAUGGUAUGGUUACCAGACAACAGUAUAAUAUUUACAAUGCAUAAAUUGUUGUUAUGAUUUCCAAUAUCGUCAUAACCACCAUCGUGCCAUGUAUAAACAUGCUGUAUAUUAUGUUUGUUAAAAAUGUUCAUAUAUGUAAUCACUGAAUGUCUUCAAAUAUUACAAAAUAUAAAUAAGUAAAUUGCUGCCGUUACCUUGCCAGUGUGUGUGCUUAAUGCGUAUGCAUACAUCAACACAAAUGAUGAAGCGUAAGGUGUGCAUGUGUGUGCAUGACAAUGCCUGGCAAUAGUAUAUUACGGGAGAGUGAGCGAAAGUUUAAUCAAGAGGUGCGAAAGUUAUGCGACAAUUGAGAGAUAGCACUUCAGGCUGCGAAAGAAUCACAUGGUAUGCUGAACAUAAGGUAUGCUGAAAGUAUCAGGAAGCUUUGUACACCACUAACCAGCAGGAAUAAUGUACGCCGGGGUAGGGGCGGGUGAGUAGAGCCAUAUGUAUGUCAAGAGCUUACCCAAGCUCUGAAUAUCAUUAUGUAUAACAGCGGUUGAUAACUGGUGUUAUGAAGAACUGUUGACGCUGAUACAGUGCUAUUAUGCUGACACAAGUGUUAUUUCCCUUGGGGAAACCUACAACUACAAAGUACAAGAUAAUUUUGGCUUAUUGAUGUAUGUAAAUGUAAGCAGGUAAAUAAAUGGCAGUCAAUAUGCCGCUUUGUUGAUAAAACAGCUACACUUACACGUUUUUACACUCAAAAGAAUGUACUGGACUCUACUGGCAUGAUUUUAACAUUAUCGUCAAAUACUUCAGGCAAUCUACUAUCGGGACAGUGACAAAAUUAGGAUAGAUAUAUAGAGAGAGCAAGAUCAAAAGCGAAAGAGAGAGAGAGAGAGAGAGAGAGAGAGAGAGAGAGAGAGAGAGAGAGAGAGAGAGAGAGAGAGAGAGAGAGAGAGAGAGAGAGAGAGAGAGAGAGAGCAUGAGAGAGAGAGAGAGUCCUGUUCGUGAGUGCUUUCAGACUCCCCAAUGUACCUCCUUGAGCCGGGACAGACGAUAUCAGAAGGUGCACAUGGAGAGAUUGCAAAAGUUGAAAGUCACCAAGAAUAUUAACAAGACAUGAUAAAAGGCGUCUCCGUUUUUUUCUGUUGUAGAAUAUUGCGAGUCAGUUAUAUGGGAUGACGUAUGACAGUCCACAGACAAGGCCUAUGACACACAGGGCAGCAGCGUAUGAGGUGUACAGUGUUACGGUUGGCUACAAAGAGGUGGCCAUUCGGUCGUCCCAACAUACCUUGGACGU